UUUUAAGUAAAGACAAUUGCCAAAAAAUGAGAAAUGCAGUCCCAGAAUGCACCAGACAAUUAAGUAAAUGCUACGAAACACAAAAACCAGAUGACUGCAAUGCGGCCGAUAAAUUUUGCUCGACUCAAAUCUACGAGAUUUUUGAUCAAACCUCCGGUCUAAAUUGCUACGAUAUACGUACCUCAAAUCUCACUUCGUAUACAUACCCACCAGAAGACUAUCUAAAUUAUUUGAAUCAGUCUACUGUUACCAAGCAAAUCGGUGCAAAAAAACUCUAUGUAGAAUGUUCGAAUACGGUUUAUGAUGGCUUUGCUAACAAUGGAGAAAACGCGUUAAGUUCCGCCAACGAUGUGAAGUACCUGUUGAAUAAUAACAUACGUAUUUUAUUAUAUUACGGGGACCAAGAUUUCAUGUGCAAUUGGUAA